UUCCCCUUUGAAACUGCGACUGCAGGCCGUCCGUUUGACGACUCUGCGAGGCGCUGCAAUUAACUAUUUGUUUCCCAUAUUACAAACUAAAGAAGAUGGUGGAUAAAACACUCUUCGCCAAGUGUUGUUAGCCAUGAUGAGUGCUUCCAAACUCAAGGCGGUGUCCUCUGGACGGCUGACGGGGACGACCAGAAGAGGGAAGAAAGACGCGAUGGUUCAGAGGUUUACCAGACCACUCACAGUGCCGGCCUACUCCCUCUACUCCACAGACUCUGAGGACCAGGUGAGCACCAUUCACCGGGGUCUGGACCACUGUGCCUCCCUGCUGGACCGCCUCCUCCAGGCGGACUCGGCCGAAAGUAAACCAAGUCAGAAUGGCGUGGUGGACACCAGAGGUCAAAGGUCACUUGGAAGGCGACGCAACCUGGAGAGGAGGAAUACCGGGAGAACCAAGACAGCUCCAACGGCCGUCCCCUCCCCGGCCGUGACCCCCCCCAGCGCCCCACACGCCCCGCGCUCAGUCGGUCCCGCAGAGGGAGCCAAUCAGCUGUCCGGUCAGCCGACCAAUAGGACGACCGCACGGUUCAACGCACGCCUGCCCACCUCCACGCCGUCCCGGAGCCCUACGGGGGUCCCCAAUGGAGACCCCCAGUCCGUGGCCCCCUCUCUGGGCCGCCUGGCCCCCCCAGGCGGCCCCUCGGCCUGUCUUACAGCCGGGGCUUACGGCGGCACGCUAGCAUCGUCUCCCCCUCUCCCAGGGGCCCUGGCCCCGUCUCACCCUCUCCCUCUCCCAGGGGCCCUGGCCCCGUCUCACCCUCUCCCUCUCCCACAGGCCCUGGUCCCGUCUCAUCCUCUCCCAGGGGCCCUCACCCUGUCUCCCCCUCUCCCUGGGGCCCUGGCCCUGUUUCACCCUGGCCCUCUCCCAGGGGCCCUGGCCCUGUUUCACCCUCGCCCUCUCCCAGGGGCCCUGGCCCUGUCUCACCCUCUCCCAGGGGCCCUGUCUCACCCUCUCCCAGGGGCCCUGGCCCUGUCUCACCCUCUCCCAGGGGCCCUGGCCCUGUCUCACCCUCUCCCACAGCCCGGGGCCCCGUCUCACCCUCUUACACGGGCCCCCUGCCCCCGCCCCCUCCCCUCCCUGGCAGCCUAUCAGCAGCCCCCUCAGACCCCCCCUGGUCCCGCCCCCUCCGCCAACCCCCUGGCCCUGCCUCUCUCCCUGGUUGCCCCGUCUCCACAUCCCCGUCCCACUAUCCCGGUGGGACGGCCCGUCGCCCCCCCUCCCUCUGACCCGCCAGGGAGGCCCCUCCCCCUACAGAACCCGCCUCCUACCUUUGGACCAAUAGGAGGAGGAGGAGGAGCGGUCACUGGCCGAGCGACGGAGGACGAGGGGGAACGGGUGGAGUGCACGGCAGGGGCGUGGACGGCGAAGGAGUGCACGGUGGAAAGAUUGCAACAUACGCUGGAGGAGCUCUGGACCGCGCUAGCGGGAAAAGGUUACACGGCGGCAGAGCGGCUGCUGACUGAGUUUGAGCGGGCGUUGGCAGAUGGCCCUCAGGGGACCCCGGGCCCUCUGGGGCCCCAGACCAGCCUGGCCCCGCAGGCGCUACGCAGCCAGAACGCCCAGCCGCACCGGGGUAUGAGGAUCUUCAACCAGCAGUUGCAGGAGAGAGAGAGGGCCGAGAGACUUUGCAGAGAAAGCCACUGUGACGCAAUGCGCCUGGAGGCGGAGCUUAGCGCCGUCCAAUCACAGCUGGGGAGGCUGCAGGCGGAGGUGUCGGAGCUGCGGAUGGCCUUGCAUGAGAAGGACGCCGAGAACGCCCGCAUCAGAGCAGGCUCUGUGGCCCGGUGUCCCGGGACGUCUGGCCAGGUGCUCCUGCUGGCCCAGACGAGGCUGAAGGAGAUGGCGUCUCGGCCCGGUCUCUGCAGUGUGCUCCAGGGGCCCCCUCUGACCCGCCGGGCCCUGGACCAACACCAGCGUGGGCAUGACCACUCGGGGCCCUCGUCCAACCAGGUCCACCAGUACCUCAGCUCCCUGGGCGCCGGCCAAUCAGGGGCUGGUAUUUUGGAGCCCUGCCCGGAUGUUUGGGAGGAUGACCGCUGCAUCAGCUUGUCUGUGAUGCGAGGAGCCAGUGAGUCAGUGGUGGUUGGAGCCAGUGAGUAUGUGGGGGGAGGAGCCAGUGAGUCAGUGAUGGGAGGAGCCAGUGAGUCUGUGGGGGGAGUAGCCAGUGAGUCAGUGAUGGGAGGAGCCAGUGAGUCAGUGAUGAGAGGAGCCAGUGAGUCAGUGGUGGGAGGAGCCAGUGAGUCAGUGGUGGUAGGAGCCAGUGAGUCAGUUGUGGGAGGACCCAGUGAGUCAGUUGUGGGAGGAGCCAGUGUGUCAGUUGGGGGAGGGGCCAGUGAGUCAGUGGGGGGAGGGGCCAGUGAGUCAGUGGUGGGAGGAGCCAGUGUGUCAGUGGGGGGAGGGGCCAGUGAGUUUGUUGGGGGAGGGGCCAGUGAGUCGAUAAGGGGAGGCGCCAGUGAGUCCAUUAGGGGAGGGGCUUGGCUGGAUCCAGAGAGGGUGACCUUUGCACCGCCAGAAGAAGUAGCGACCUCAUCGCUGGGGGGCGGCGGCCAGAGCUACCAGAAAGUUCUCCGGCUCUUGCGGAGCUCCAACGCGCUCGCUCCCCUGCCGGGCCUGGGCCAAUCACACGGCUCCCCCCACUGGGAGGUGGCGUCCCAUUGGUCGGUCGGGUCAGGCUCCACCUUCGACACGAGGGACGAGGUGGCGUUCUGCCACGGGAUGGCGGUUCUGGACGCCAGCAUUGCCAGCCUGCAGCGCAGCCUUAGGAAGGACCUGGUCACAUGACCCGGUCAUAUGACCCGGUCACAUGACCAUCAGGAAGGACCUGGUCACAUGACCCGGUUACAUGACCCUCAGGAAGGACCUGGACACAUGACCUGGGCACUUGACCCUCAAGAAGGAGCUGGUCACAUGACGUGGUCACAUGAUGUGGUCACGUGACCCUCAAGAAGGACCUGGUCGCUUGACCUGGUCACAUGACCUGGUCAGUUGACUGGGUCACAUGACGUGGUCACGCGACCUGGUCACUUAACGUGGUCACUUGACGUGUCUGUGGUGAUAUUAAUAUUAUAUCUUAAUUUUAUUUUUACAAAUGACUUGAUAUGAACUGUGCCUUACAUAAAUUCACGAAAUAAAAACUGUUUGAAAGAA